UCUCCUGUCAACCAAGCUGCUUGCAACGGACUCCGCCAGGGAGUUGAUGUUGUCUGUUUUCAAGAUCUGGGUUCAAUCAAUGUCUUUCACCCUGGCUUCCAGUGAUGAGGUGGCUUUUGCCCUGGCUUCUAACAACAAACACCAUUUUGCAGGUCUUUCUCCAGAAUGCCACCACCACUGUUACUACCACAUCACCACCUGCCACCUCUUCAGUGACCGAAGCCUACACACGGGCACAGUACUGUAAGUGGCCAUGCGAAUGUCCAGCAACCACCCCUCUGUGCCCAUCAGGGGUCAGUCUGCUCACGGACGGAUGUGAGUGUUGCAAGAUAUGUGCCAAGCAAUUUGGGGAGAGCUGCACCGAGGCUGACAUUUGUGACAUUCACAGGGGGCUGUACUGUGACUACAGCAGAGACACACCUAGGUACGAAAUAGGAGUGUGUGCACAACUUGUUGGCGUGGGCUGUCUCCUCAAUGGGAUCAGGUACAAGAAUGGGGAGAGCUUCCAGCCCAAUUGCAAAUAUAACUGCACCUGCAUCAACGGGGCUGUGGGUUGCAUCCCACUGUGUACUGACUCCAAACCACCCCUUGUUUGGUGCCCAAGCCCAAAGCAGAUUAAGGUCAAGGGUGAAUGCUGUGAACAAUGGGUCUGUGAUUAUUCAAAGACCAUCAGGAAGACAUCCCCACGGCAUGUCUCUUCAGCAGUUUAUGGAGGAGAAAUUGAAGCAUGGCAGAAAAACUGUAUCCUGCAAACUUCUUCCUGGAGCCCUUGUUCCACAACCUGUGGAAUGGGCAUUUCCACAAGGAUCUCUAAUGAUAAUGCCCAGUGCCGGUUGAUGAAAGAGAGCCGUCUCUGUAAUCUGCGGCCUUGCGAGGAGGACAUCAUCAAGCACAUUAAGCCUGGGAAGAAAUGCUUAGCAGUGUACAGGGGAGAGGAACCAAUGAACUAUACCCUCUCAGGAUGCACAAGUAAGGCCAUCUACAGGCCUAAGUACUGCGGUCUUUGUGUGGACGAUCGCUGCUGCACCCCGUACAAAUCAAAGACCAUCGAAGUGAGCUUCCACUGUCCAGACGGGAUGAACUUUUCCAGGAAAGUCAUGUGGAUCAGUGCCUGCUUCUGCAACCUGAACUGCAAGAAGCCCAGUGACAUCUUUGCUGACUUAGCUCAUUAUCAUGAUUACUCUGAAAUUGCCAAUUAACAUGACAGGAGUUGAGGGGAGAAGGGAGAGGAGAGGGGCAAGAGGGAAAACUGCCUUCCAAGACCUACAACUUAUUAUUACUCUGAUUUUACAGAGGGCACAAAAAAUAAUAAAAUAAAAGAGGUUGUUGUUUUUGUGGUUAUUGUUAUGGUUUCACCUGGCGCAGGGGAGAAGGAAGCUUGGAUGAAUGAUAAAAAAAAGUCAAUGUCCUAGCUUAGAGCUGCCUUUGGCUCAUUCUGUGGAUUUUAGAUGUGGUGCGGUCAAAGAAUUGUUGGAAAACAGGCCAUCAAAAGGUCUUCCUGUGUGCGUGUGCGUCUACAUAUGCAUGAAAGAGACGCUAAAUCGGUUUUUAAUAUCAGGUUUCAGAUCUA